AUGGUGUCUCCCUCCGGUGUGGUGGUAACGAAAUCCGACAGUGUGGUGGUCAAGCCGCCGACUGAUAAGCGCCUGUACAGGAUGCUCCAUCUCGCGAAUGGACUCUGCACUGUCCUCGUGCACGAUCCUGAGAUCUUCCCUGGCGGCCGUAGGGAAGCGCCUCAAACCCUAUCGGAGAUGGAAGAGGAUGAUGAAGAAGAAUAUGAUGAGACAGGGGAUGAACGUAGUUGCAGUGAGGAAGAAGGGGAUGACGAGGAAAUGGAGGGUGAUGAUACGGACGUCGAUGUGGAUGGCGAGGAGAUGAAGAAGAAAAAGAAGAGUGGAGUAUUUCCUACAAAAAAGGUUAGCUCACUUGCCCGUUCUCAUGAUCUCGGGAUUACAUGCAGCCAUCAUUCUAAUUCGAUUUUUUUUAUAAAUAAAUUACUUUGUCAUUGAGUCGUCUCUAUCUAAAACUGUAGGAGCUUCUGUUUACCAACGUUAGCUUGUAAUUCCACGUAAUUCGGAACUCAAAAUGACCGGUUGAUGGUAAUUCAUGCUGCUUCAGAAUUCAAAGUUGUCGAAAGAAACUGCCCGUUGAUUUAUCUAGUGUUUGUCCUUAUCCGCCAGUCUUCUAAGGUCAUAGUUUUUGGGCACUUGAUAGUUGUAGAAAAGCUAGCCGGGCCAAAUAGAGCAAGGAGUAACAUAUGUAUUGCACCCUCUUCGAUGUGUCAGUUAAUCUAAACCUUCCCUGUGUGGUUCUAACAGGCAUUACUUGCGAUUUAGCUCCAGCACCCAUGAAGGAAAACAUUGGAAGUUUGAUUCAUCAGUCAUGUUUGACAGCUCAUGGAAAACCUUGAGAAGUUCUAUGCCCCUUUUUUCCGGUUAGACUGCUUUAGUGGAUGAAUAAAAUGAUCGAAUCUGUGGUGGAAUAGUUGACUGUUAUUUCUAGGUGUUGCAGUUGUCAUCCAGAACCAGAUAAAUGUAGAAAAUUUGAUUCUAACCAUUGACUAUAUUCGACAACAUACUAUCUAAUGAGAGUUUUCAAACGUGUUGUUGGUUAGUGCUUAGAUUUUUCGACGUUUGGAUUCCAUGAUUUGAAAUAAUCUACACUCUUGACCAUAUAAAUGUCACUUCUUUAUCGCAUAAUACUAACUUUCGUGUUGACCAUGGCACACAAAAUUUAAGAGCGAGUUUCUUACUCCAUUAGUAUUUCUCCAAUCGUAACUCUAUUCAUUUAUUUAUCCAAGUUUUCUCUUCCUUUUCUUUUUCAUGACAGAACAAAUUCUUCUUUAUUUCUAAAAUGAUAGAGGACUUCUUUUCUGCUUUCUGUGGUAGGGAGUGUAAUCUAUGUUUCGUCCAUUCUACCUUUCACGUAUUUAAUCCUCUGCGAAUUCUUCCCAUCUUGAUGACCAUUAAUGACAGUUUUCCGUGUCAGGUUGUCUGUGACAUUUGGUACUCUUUUGUCAUGCUUAUGGAUAUCUUUAUUAAAACACUUUCUUCUCUCAGGCUGCAGCUGCAAUGUGCGUAGGAAUGGGCAGCUUCUCAGAUCCACAUAAAGCACAGGGCCUUGCACACUUUCUUGGUCUGCCAACCUUUCCUAUGCACAUUUAGCGCUUCAUUUGUAUGCUAAUUUGAUUCGUUCCUUAAUGCACAUGAUCAUGAGAAAACUUUCAUUUAUCAUGUUUAUGCCUGAGCUUUGCACAAUUUCUUGGCUUUUACUUCCUUUUUUUUUUUUGCGUGUUGAACUAGUUUAAUAAUGUGCCUUUUUAUUGCAUUUUUUAAGUACUAUAUGCAACCAAGAGCAAAACAUUUACUCUCGUUUUUUUUAUGUUUGUCAUGAUGCAUUAGCAUUAUAGAGCCAACUCCUGCUAAAUUGUGGUUUCGUUAGGACUUGGAGAACCCAAGUCCAUACGUCUUUGGUGGACUUGGUUAUGCUCAUAAUUUUUAAUGCGGGUAUCAUUUGGCCGAAUGUUAUCCAAUGAAGUCCAGAAUUAACAAUUAGUGCCAUCCUUUCUUGUGUGCAGAUGCACCCUCACAAAUGUUGGCGGUCUCCUCUUGAGAGGAAUGUAACAUAAGCAGGGAUCACUGUUUUUUGAAUUGAGAGUAGAGUAGUCUUGUGUUUGUGCCAAGAACAUUUAUUGAUAAUGAUAGUUCUUUUUAAGAUUGCGUCUUCUUCAACGGUUUUGUUCUGUUUUAUUGUAUUGCAUUAUCAAUGCUGAGAUAAUCUGUAUUUUGCAGAACAUAUGCUUUUCAUGGGCAGUUCUGAAUAUCCAGACGAAAAUGAGGUUUGUUUCUUCUGUUUGACAUCUGAGCAUUUCAUUUAGACGUGGCGUUUUAAGAUGGUUACUCAUUUCAGUUUUAUUUGUUAUUGAUUGAAUUACGUUAGUUUCUAGUUUACAUUUCGUCGAGGAUGUUGAAAAAAUGGAUUUUUUUUGCCAAAAUCAGUUUUGAUAGUUUUACAAAAGGAGAUUUAAAGUUGAGAUGUUCAACCUAGCAGCUAGUAUGUCCUUCUGAGAAUACGUUAAAUUUGUCUCUCUUUCUUGUCUGUCGGUAUGUCUUUGCUUUGGGCCCUACAACGACUAUGCUGUGAUAGUAAACAAUAAAUGUUUCUGAAUUGCCAAAUCUUCUGGUCCCUAUUUCUCGGACCUGGCCUGCCGCAAUGUUUGGAAUAACAUAUAAUUUAGGACUCAUGCCGUGAUGAUGUUAUGAUUUGUAUGAGUGUAAAAAAAAGUUAAGUCUGUCAUUAAGAGCGGAGGUCAUCAUCCUUCCAAUGGCUGUCUUUUGGCCCAUUCCUUCUACCAUAUCUUUGGUUUACUGGAUAUCUUUCCGUACCUUUUAACUGAUGCUAAUGUUACCAGUCUAAAUAUCUCGGAGGCUACUUUUUCAAGGGUGCUACUAUUUUAGUUCUUUCGGCCAGAUCGCCCUCAUUAUUUCUUAAAUUUCCGAUUCAUUUUCAUUGAAAGAAAAAAGUUGAGAUCUCUAGUGUUGUUAUCGUCAUAUCUUCCACUCUGUGUUUACAGAAAAAUAGUGCCACCAGCAUGUCGUUGCCUUUUUUGCGUUCCAUGUAGUUAUGGUGUAAAUCCCUUAAUCCAACUCGGUUCUGCACUCUAUGUUGUUCUACGUAACAUUUCACCUUCCAAAUGAGUGUUUUUUUACCCAUUUUCAAGACGACUAUCCAUUAAUCUGCUACCACAUUACUGGGAUUCCGGAGAUGCUUCCAGAUAUCAGUAAUGCUUUUGUUGUUGAUAUACACCUAAUAUCAGACUCUGGGUCUUCCGCAAAUACUUGCUUAAUUAAUUACUACAGUCCAACUGCAUCCAUCUUCCAUUUUCGGAGUCAUUUUCUGAGAAAGACGGUUUUAAUUUUCUGGUGUUAAGAAUGUAUGUGCUUCGCUUUGUAUUUAUGUCUAUAAAUCUAUCGCUUCUUAACAUCAUGCGUUCUCUGUGAAUGAGUACGGUCGUGCUAAAAGAAAUCUGCACUUCAUGCCUUCUUACUUCUUUGGUUCUGACUAGGUGGUUAUUAAAACGGAGAGGUAAUAAAUCAAAAGAUUAUGAACCACUGAAUCCAUUACAUCCUCUACUUUCCGCAAAGGGGGCAGCCCCAUCACUCUGUAUCAUAUGCUUUCUCAAAAUCCAGCUGGGGAAUCUCGCCUUAUGUUUCCAUUGAUGACUUGAAUGCACUCAUUUCUUUGAAACUAAAUGCUGCUCUUUUCAAGGUCAUUUUCCAUCAAUUUGAUUUUUUUAUUGAAACUACAAAAAAAGUUGUUCGUGAAUAGUUUUGUCCUUGUUUAUGACCCAAUUCUGCUCGUUUAUGGCUCAGUUUUUGAACUAUUUUUGAGCCAAUUCUGCUACUUACUGAGCCUUGCUCUGUGAUUGAAUUUUUUUUCUUUCUAGUACGACAGUUACCUUUCCAAGCAUGGUGGUUCAUCGAAUGCUUACACAGAACUCGAGUAUACGUGCUAUCACUUUGAAGUUAAUCGAGAAUAUCUCAAGGGCGCUCUUCAAAGGUAUGUACUGAUAUUUUUCUGGGCGACUGCAAAUAUGUAUCCCUAUUUAUUCAUGCCAAUAUCGCUUUUGAAGAAGUUCGUUAAUGUUGGACAUGUUAUUUUCAUAUUCUUUUCUUGCCUUCUUUGUCUACUCACGGCGAGAAUCCACGCAUUGAUUUCAAUUUUUUUCUCCAUUCAUAGCACUUAGAAAUUUUAAUGUUUCUGGUAUAGGUGGACAGUCACUGUAUAAAUUUUCUACGCAUUGGACAGAAGUCAUCCAAUUGUGGGCAUCUGUUAACAUUUUGUAUGAAUUUUACACAUUUUAAGUCUUCCCAGGGGUAUCGAACUUUUUUGUUUCAUUAUCAUUCUAAAAAAGUUGGUUUAGAUAAAAUGACAAUUAUGACCUGCGCAACUGUCUAGCUCUUUCCACUGAUUCUGUUUUUAGGGAUUUUUUCUCAUUUUGCAGCAGCAUUUACGAAUGUAACUUUUGGGAAAAUCGUUCCCACUGAACAUAUCAUACUCAGUUAACUUAUGCUGAAAUAGCAAUCGCUCUACUACUAAGUCAUUCCCUCAUCUGGCUUAUUCCCUCUCCAUUCUCCUAAGGUUUUACAUCAGGUCGCUUCCUUUCCGGUUUUGUAUAAGUAUCUCAAUUUGAACUUGUAAUGUCUUGUGUAACUGAUUUGGCUAUUUUAUACAUGUCUACAUUCAUAACCCUCUCAAAAUAUUUCAGUUAAGAAAAUUCUCUGCUCGUUUGAUUUUGAUCCAUAUGUGGAAUCCAAAAAUACAAGUGUUUAGUUGAGCCAUGCUGUUCCUCUUUCACUCAAUCUCUCGCCAUCAUUCUGCAGUAACAGCCUUGUGGGUGUUGGGUCAGAAGCACUAUGGUAGUGUUAUUGCUUAGGUUUCUGGUCCUAAACUAGUUUAAGUGCUGUUUUGUUGUCAUUACAUUUAAAAGCUACGAUAUAAGAAUACCCUUAUGAUCUUCUUGCUGGAGAUUGUGCUUAGCUUGUUCGUGUUGAGACCUUUUCUGCUGAAGAAGUUUUUCAUAUCACCAGUGAUGAGUUCGAUGAAUUUUUUUCACUAAAGGUUGAAAUUCGGCAUCACUACCUGCAUCAUGCAUUGAAUAUUUCUUAUUCUGACUUUUUUAAAUACCAAAAAAUAGCCACUUCUUUCCAGUACAAGUUUACUGAUAUAUGUAAACGAAGGAUACAUCUGUUCCAUUAAAAUAAAGAAAUAGAAGUUGUGACUCAUUCGCAGUACUUUAUGAGGCUUUCCUUACACCAUGAAACAGAAACUUCCCACUCUUUGCAAGGGAAGAUCUUUGGUCAAUGUGGAUGGAAGGUACGGGACUGAUCCCUGGUGAGGACCUGUCGUGUAAUUAGUUGGAUUGGUUGCUUAUCACAAGUCUUUGUAAUACAUUGAAAUGAGUGUUCUCAUAAAGGAGAUUUUGUAAAAAUUGAUUUGUUAAAGGUGUUAAUCAUGGGGUGUAUUGGUGGUUUUUGAUGGAGAGAGAAGCAGAUAACAGAGUAUUUAAGACAGUAAUGAAACUACAAUGGUGAUACCGGAGUGCUUAAGGUGUUCAUUGUUGAUUGGUGCAUUAUACAAUUUAUAAUGCUAGAAUUCUUUUAAAAAAAAAUUUGAAAUGAAAGAAAUUGUGCAGUCAUGAAGUUUUCAAGGUCUUAAUACUGUCACACUUGUUCAUCUUUUUGUGCAGAUUUUCACAGUUCUUUGUUUCACCCUUAGUUAAAUCUGAAGCUAUGGAGCGAGAGGUGUUAGCAGUUGAUUCAGGUUUGUAUCUAGUAAAUUAUCUUUGUGCAUUUUCUUACCUACUGGUUCUGGUGUAAAUGACAUGGAAACUAUUCCAUUUCUUUUUUGUCGCGUACAGAAUUCAACCAGGUAUUGCAAAGUGAUAGUUGUCGACUUCAACAACUUCAAUGCCAUACUGCUGCACCAGAUCACCCUUUCAAUAGAUUCUUUUGGGGUAUGCUCACUGAUCUAUUCUUAUUUGCCUAGUUAUUCUUCUAUAAAUAACCUGUACUUGUUUACUUGUCAGGAAAUAAGAAAAGCCUGAUUGAUGCCAUGGAAAAUGGUGUUAAUCUGCGUGAGGAAAUUUUGCAUUUGUACAAAGAAAAUUACCAUGGAGGAGUGAUGAAAUUAGUUGUCAUUGGCGGAGGUCUUGUUUUCCUCAAAUCUUUGCAACAAUAGCCAUGUCAAAUUUAUUUUUUUCCAUUUUUUUGUCAUGUACUGUUUUCAUAUGAACAUUGUGUGGCUGUGUUGUUUACUUGCAGAAACUCUUGACAUUCUAGAGGAUUGGGUUAUUGAACUUUUUGGUAGCAUUAAGCAAGGUAGUCAACGGGAGAUAGUUGCUAAAGAAAGUAUGCCUAUUUGGAAAGCUGGGAUGCUGUACAGGUUAGAGGCAAUUAAAGAUGUUCAUGUCCUGGAUCUUACAUGGACGUUGCCAUGUCUUCACAAAGAAUAUCUAAAGAAGCCAGAAGGCUAUAUAUCACAUCUGAUGGGUCAUGGUAAGCAAUGUCAUCACCUUGUUAGAUUUCAGUUGCAUGGAGUCCCAUUGCAGCUUACAGUUCUAUCACAGUUUUAUGAUAGGCACUGUACCAUUUAUGGUACCAGUUUUUACGUGAUGUAUAUCUGCAUCAUAGAUAAUAUCCCAAAUUCUUGCAGAGCGGAAAGAUGGGAUAAAAUUAUAAUGUUACGAUUGUUUCAGAGAGUACCUUAACACAAAGUACACUAAAGUAGGCUUCGUCGUUUUAUUGCAUCAAAUGUGUAAAUAAUCUAACACUUAGAAUAAAAACUCCAUCUUCUUGCAGGUCACCUUUGAUGACUGCUUGCCCAAUUUUUCCUCUUUUUCAGUUGUUCACCGUGACAUAUACGAUUAUUGACUGUGAUCAGUGUUGUUUUUAGUAUGGUUAUAUUUUCUACUCUUCAAGUUAGUUCUGUUUCACGAGCUUCGUUUAUUUGGAGGUCAAUUGACUGAUCAGAUAAUAAAUUCUCAGAGGGCAAGGGAAGCCUUCUUUCUUUUCUCAAGGCCAAGGGAUGGGCAACUUCACUAUCUGCUGGUGUUGGUGAUGAAGGAACAAACAGAUCUUCUGUUGCAUACAUAUUUGUGACGUCUAUUCAUCUUACAGAUUCUGGCUUAGAAAAGGUAAUUGGAUGUUUCAGAUUUCUCUUUAUGGACUUGUUUAGUCCUUCGUGUUUUUCCCGUCCUACAUUCCACUUCUCUGGCGAUAAAGUAAAAGGAGAGUUAAAAAUAGUGAUCAUGGUCUCACCGAUGAAGCGAGCAUGAUAAAAUCAAAUACAUGACUCAUGACAUGCUUAUUAAUUAUGACUUGGCAGACCAUCUGCAGACUGUAUCUUAGCCUCCCAGUUUUAAUAUGCUUGGAUAUUGUGGUUCUUUUAACCGCCAUUACUUGUCUAUUUGAGACAGCAUUUUGGGUUUUUUUUUCCUUUAACUCUUGACCUUGAUCUUCGGAGCAUGGAAUCUCAUUAACGACCGUCGCCAAAAUAUAGUUCAUUUACUAUAAUGUAGAAUUAUAUGACAAUUAUUUUUACAUGCAAGUAACAUAUGAUUUUCGGUUUUAGAAAAAUAGGAAUUUUGAAUAGGCAGGAAAACCUUCCUGUGGGAUCUGAUCAUCUUUGUCGAGUUUCAAAGAUGACUGAGAUUUUGAGUUGGCUACGUUAGUAUAGUUCUUAUAUUGUCCUCAGGUUCACUAUAUCUGGUGCUCUUGCAUAUUUCUUGUAUUUUUUCAAGGGGCGUAAACUAAAUUGAAUUAUACCCACUGGUUGCUAGACCAGUUUUGCGCCAUGAAAAUUUUCUAGUGACACUAGCAUAAAUCCUUUUUAUAACUUUGCAUUUCUUUACUCUGCCGUGGAACCAUUUACAAAUGAAUAGUUGUGAUUGUGCUUAGUUGGGACAGAAGCAACAGUUCAUCUCAGCAAUAGUUCAUAUGAAUCUUAAAUUUAGUACAAGCAUGGUCUCUUUCUCAUCUGCAUUAAUUAACAAACGACUUGUUGGAAUCAUGCUACCCUAAGAGCUAUUCCUAUAUUUUACAUUUAUUUCUGUAUUAAGUUUCUUUUGUCUAAUGAAAUGAUAAGCCUCUCAAGUUUAACCAUCCAUGCUAACUUGGAUAUUCCCUUAGUCCUCAAAAUCUCGUGGUAUGUUCAUUUGAUUUUGUCUUAAUUUACUUUAUUUAUACCACGCUUUGGCAGCUCUACUCAGUCUUAGGCAUCGUUUACCAAUACAUAAGUUUAUUGCGGUCAUCUGCUCCACAAGAAUGGAUAUUCAAGGAACUCCAAGAUAUUGGAAACAUGGAAUUCAAAUUUGCGGAAGAGCAACCUCAGGAUGAUUAUGCUGCAGAACUUUCAGGUUUUGUCCCCUUGAGACGCGUAUAUUCUCUUAUAUUCACAACAAGAUAUGAAAUAUAUCUCAGAAUUUCUGAAAAAUAUGUGCUUUUGAGUUUAUUUCACUAAUUUCUGUACUCAGAUGGAUCAAGCUGUUUCUUGGCAUUAGCCAACAUUUACAUGUGCAUGAAAGCAAUCAGUCCAAAGUAAUGGUAAUCUUAGAUAGGAGCGUUAAGAGUUUGAACCUCUGACCUAUUGUUUUCGACAUGAUUUCAGAAGGUUGGUCUUCAGUGUUGAUAAUGAUGCAGUUACAAUGUUAAAACUUUUAUGGAAUGACAGUUGACCUUCAAAAUUUAAGAGUAUGGUCUUCAAUUAGCUAUAUUUUGCCAUAGUUAAUGCCAUGCUUUAGACAUAAAACCUUCAGCAAUCAAUUUGACUUUAUAUCACUCAGUAGAGUCAUCACAUUUAGGUUGAUUUUCCACACUUAUUUGCAGCUAUUAGUAUAUUUUUUUGGUGGUAAUAGACAAUUUCCCUGCCAAUCUUACGCAGUGUACAUAGUUCGUCAUUCAUUGGCUAAUACAACUGGAUCAAGAACAAUUUCCUUUUAGGAGUUGGGUUAAAAUAAACAAUGACUAGAAGACGAAGAACAAAAGUUGGGAAUAUAAGGUGUCUGAAGAGUCAUGAUUAUCAAGACACUUACAGUGGCAUCAUGGAUGAUGAGGCCAUUGUCACAAGUUCAUGUUGACUAGUUUCCAGUGGUGCCAUAGUUGUGUAGGUGAUAAUCAUUUGAGCUCCUACAAGAGAAAAUAUCAAUUAUAUUAGAUAUCAAGAAAAAGUAUUGUAGUAUGGAUUGGGAUCAGAUAGUAGAAGGCAAUAAUUGUUGAUAUGAGAAUCACGAGGAUUACCAGGAAAGAGAUUGGUAUGUAUAAGAUCAUGCUUGUAUGGAGUGAAGUAGUCAGAAAGAAAAAGAAAACUAUCCUUCAAGAAUAUCCGUGUCCAGAGGCGGAGUAGAUAUGAAUUUAGAUUAUAGCCUACACAGUGGAUUAUACCCUUUUUGUCCUUCACCGCAACUAGAAAACCACGCAUAAUGGAGGGAGUCAAGAGUCUGGUGCGUUCACCUUUAGGUAGAAGCUCAGAAUAACUGCAACCAACUCUUUUCAUCGGAAAUGGUCAUGGAGCUCGACGGUUAGUCGCUCAAAAAGAGAAUGCCGGAUCUAGUUAGUAAAGGAAUUCGAUUUAUCUGCACCAAAAAUAGUGAGGGCACCUUCCUCCUAAAAUUGACUCGGAAAUUGGUUGAUGAAGUUCAAAGGUGGGGAAUCUCCAAGUUGUUCCUAUGUUUCUAAUCAGUCACACCAUUUUAGCCAAGGUUUUAGUAGAAAAACAUUAUCGCAUUGUCUAAACUUUUUUUAGUAAAGCUAGAAAAUAAAAUGUUUGUAUUUGCUGCCCAAGUCACGUUUGAGACAUUUAGUAUUGUAGAGUAUCAAGAGUGAACUAUUGGAUGAAAGACAACAAAGAUAAAAUAGAAUUUAAGCCUAUACUACUUGUGUUGAAUCCUGCAAUGCUCUGCAUACCCUAAAAUAAAUGUAAAACAGAUGUAUGAUUUGUUUUCGAAGGCCACACAUGCUCUCGUACAUUAGAGCAUAUAAUACAAAAGGGACAGGUGCAAUGAGGCUAUUAUCUGAGACAGAUGUGGAGAAUUUUGCUAGCAAGAGGUGGUGUUGUAAUUCAAAGUUCCUAAAUACUAUUUUUGUUUAGGAAGAGGUUUUGUUGUUCACUAACUUCUCUCUGAGGCCACUAGUCCUCUCUGUUCAUUUCCAGUGGAGUCAUCUGCCACUCUUGCAUACCUGCCACUUCUUUUGUUUGCAUGGCUCCCUUUGCUUUUGAUGCUGGAAUUUCAUUCUUUCGUACUUCAUCUGUCUCUGUCGCUUCCAUCUAAUAAGCUUCUCUGCUCACACACAUACUGCCUCAACCUGUGGUCCUCUGCUUUUCCUUCUAGACUAGGCCAUGUUCAGACUCUUCUCCAAUAAUGUUCUUGCUUUUAGUAUGAGCCAAUCGCUACAGUUUGAUGCUGUACUGAUCUUCCUCCCAGUACACAUCUUUGUUGUAGAAGUAUGAAUGGGAUGGACUUGGCUAGCGGCCAUUGCUGAUGAUAUUGACAUCAAGACUAAACGGAGCAUGGAAAUCAGCAGCAUAAAUGGCGCGUGGGUAAGCCCAGCAUUAAAACUACAGAGUGAACUCAAGUAAAAUUACACGUGGUAAAUUAAGACUCAUUCGAAAGUAUGACUAGGAACAACUGCCUAAUAGGCAUAUAUCGUUUAGGGCAAGAAUAUGCUAGAGCUCACAAAUUACGACGUCAAGAACAUCAAGAUCAUCACAUAGAAAUAAAAUUGGCUACCAAAUUUCUGGUGUUUACUAAAAAAAAUAUCUUCUGCCAAUAAACCCUUCGAUUGUUAUCCAAAUGAUACGAUCAAUCUCAUUUAGUUAAACAAUAUCGCAUCAAGAUUGGUAGACAAGGUGACAAAAAUUAGAAUAAGAGUUUCAGUUCUCAACGACUAGCUUCUAGGAAUGUCUCUAAUGAAACUACUAUGCAUAAGGUUUCAUUUGUUAUACUACACCUAUAGAGAGAAACAUUGAUCAGUUCAAAUUUUUAUAACCUCUCAUAGAUGAGUUUAAGUGUAUUCAUGGCUCUAUCCUUUCAGUUUCUUCUCCCUCUGUCAGUUCGACAAUGAAUGAAUUACGACCAGAAGAAGCUUACAUUAAACCUACAGAGGGGAAUGGUCCUCACUAUUUUCAUCCGUUUCAAUGAGUCUGAAUCCAUUUCAAUGAGUAUAGCUACUUUUAGGAGGGACACUAGAAAGUCCUUUGCUCUGGGUCAGUAAUAAGCAUGAACCUGAGCAGAAAAAAUACUAAAAAAAGUAGAAGUCAACAUUUUGUCAAUAUUGCACGGCUAAGAAGCAUCGAACAUCAGCUAACUCUUUCAAUAUGAGUGCUUCUAUAAUAGUUGUAGAGAUUUCUCCUUUCCUGGCAUCCAAAUGGAUUCUCAACUUACUCUUUCAUUAGUUUGUAUCUGCCACUACACUCAAGUAUCUCUCGAACCACAUUGGGGUUUCAUAUCAGGAGCCACUCCCUAAGUAGUAAUCUAGCAUUACACAUGUAAGAUUUUUCUACAAGAAAAAUGAUUACGGUUUCAACUGGAUCCAGCUGGAGAUGCCAAUGGCUUUGAUACCCAGUGGUAUUCAAGGUGUGAUAUGUACUUACCCAAAAAGGAGACGGAGAGGGAAUAUUAUGUAGGAUUGGGGUCGAAAAGAAAAAUGCCAUGCGAUCCUAAAUAAAAAUAAAGCAAAAAAUGCUAAAAGUGUAAAUCUGUCGUUUGCUUGUUUUUUUGCCAUUCUUUUUUGGUGAGCAAUUCUCUUUUCAUGUACUGUGAGAAAUUCCUCAGUAUGAUUAAUCUAAAAUUGCAUAUUCUUUGUAUUCAAGCUGCAAGAAAUUUUUGUAUUCAUUUCUUUAGUUUUUCGCUGAUAACUUGCUGUAGGAAACUUUCUGAAAAUUCUUUUUUCAUAUGGUGACCACUAUGAAAGCGUAUUUUGUUUUGUUUUGCAGAGAAUUUGAUGUUCUACUCAGAAGAACACGUCAUAUAUGGGGAAUAUGCAUAUGAAGUCUGGGAUGACAAAUUGAUAGAGCAUAUUUUGAGCUUUUUCACACCGGAAAACAUGAGGAUUGAUCUGCUGACGAAGUCUUUUGAUACUCAAUCACAUGGUAAGGUUCCCACCCAGUGAUUAUGUCGUGUGCCUGUCAAAAUUUUGAAAACUUUGUUUAUCAGUGGAGAGAAGUUGAUAUCUCAAAGUAGCAAUACUAACUAUAAACCAACUGAUCUUUGCUUGGUGGUUUCUUCAACUAUGGGUUACCAGGAACGUUUCGAGAGAUUAGGCCCUCACGUGUCGAAAUGCAUUUAUUUUCACUUAUUUUUAUAUUUUUUUUACAGUAAAUGAAUAUCCAUUGUUUUCAUUUGAGUGACUGUAUCAUUCGGUUAAUUCGGUCUCUAUAUAAUUUGGUAUAAGUCAGUUUUUAAUUAUCAAGGCAUUGUAUUCUUCAUUAUAUCCAUACAUCCAAACAUCAGUUCAUUCUAUUAUAUCCCAUACUCCUUUUUAGUUUUGACGCAUGCAGCAGCUUCUGAAUUUUUCUUCAUUUUCAGGCAUUCGAUGUGAACCAUGGUUUGGUUCUCAGUAUAUAGAGGAAGACGUUGCUCCAUCACUUAUGGAAAUAUGGAGAGAUCCCCCUCAAAUUGAUCCUGCACUUCAUUUACCCCUGAAGAAUGAGUUUAUUCCUACUGACUUUUCUCUUCGAAGUUCUAAUCUACGAAAGAGUAGCGAAAACGUUACUCAUCCAGAGUGCAUAAUUGAUCAGCCAUUGAUGAAGCUUUGGCACAAGCUUGAUUUGACUUUUGAUGUUCCUCGUGCAAAUGCAUAUUUCUUGGUAUCUGUGAAAGGAGCUUAUAGCAAUCUACAUAAUUCAGUUUUGACUGAAUUAUUCAUAAAUCUUUUGAAGGAUGAGCUAAAUGAGAUUUUGUAUCAGGUAUGUUCUCUGACAUGACAAAUAUGCGGACUGAUUAAAAUAAAAUUCUAAUAUCAAAUCGUAUCUUCUUAUUCUUCCCGUUAGUAUAUAUGUCCGAGUUACGCAUGAUAAUUGCAUUCCUGCUUGAGCUGCUGUUUUCUUUAAUUCCCUUCUUUGAAUGGAGCAUAAAUAUUUCAGAUCGACAGUUUUUCUGGAUCAAAACAAUGGUAGUUAGUGGAUAGGUUUCUCUUUGUUGUUUGAGGGCAUCGUUGAAAUCCGCGAUCUCUCGGUAUAUUCAACCAAAAGAUCACUAUCAAACACUUCAGUGUAACAGUCAGUCUUAAAAUGACAAAUAUGGUCGAAAUAGAUACCUUUCAGGCCUGUACAUUGCCGAGUGUAGCUUCGAAAUCGUCAAUAAGUUCUUUAGUAAACCACUUUCUUUGAUGCUUUCAACCAGAAAGCAUAGAAAUUCGGUAAAGAAUCUGUUUCACCAUUCGACUGUCAUUACUGACAAUUGAGUUUUCUGAUGGCAUCAGAGUGCAUAUAUGGUUCAUCCAACGCGUAUGACCAUUUGUUGCCCAAUUGCAGGCUGGCGUGGCUAAACUGGACACAUCUUUAGCGAUUGUUGGAGACAAGCUUGAGCUGAGGGUCUACGGUUUCAAUGAUAAAUUAUCAACUCUUCUGCUGAAGAUUUUGACUCGGUCCCAAUCCUUUUCCCCUAGAGAAGAUCGUUUUCUGGUGCAAACAUUGUCUCUUUGGAUUAUUUAUUUAUUCAUUUUUGUAUUACAUAUUUAAAUUAGAUGAAUUUGAUCUUCAUGUAUGUGGAUUACUUCACUAAAAGCAUUAUCAUAAGAGGUCUCUUGAAAUACUAGCACAGUACCUGUGCGGGUGCUCUGAGAUAUUUCUUAGAAUUACAGAUUAGUGAUUACUGGCAGAAAAGAUGGCUUGCUAUGCUGGCUGAGCUCCAAUUAAAUCUCCUUUUGUAUCUUUUUCUGCAUCAGCAAAGGCAUUUCGUCCCACAGAGACGUGGUAUCAGCGGAGCAAUUAAUUUUGUUGAUUCCCGCGCAGAGGCUUAUAUGUUUUUUUAAUUCGUUGUUGAUAAUGAAGGUCUAUCAGCUCAAUGCAGAAUUAUUAAUUGGGUACUACUUGAGACUGCAUUUUCAAUGCACAAGGUCACAAAGAGUGCUGUUUCAUUUACGUUGUUUUUGGUCUCGGGCUCCUAUCAGUACACACUUUAAAGUGUUGAAGUCUUGUUGUCUGUAUCUACAGAAUUGGUGGUUUUCUCUCACCUAUACUAAUUAAUCAACUCGUACCAGAUGUAAUUCAAGAAAAUCCCGCAACAUUAAGCUGAAAUUUCUGAAGUCUUUCUGCUCACAAUUUUCCUGGACGUUAUCAAUCCCGUAUUGAUGGAAUAUUUAACCCUAAAACUUACAUUGCAGCUGAAAAUAUCUCUACAUAUAUUUAUAGCUUUAUAGGAAAAAUGGUAUUUUGUGCUUUGCAUGUUUUCGUUAUUUGUGUCUGACAUAGUUUGCAUCCUGUGAUCAGGUAAUCAAAGAACAGAUGGAGAGGGCCCUGAGGAACACUAAUAUGAAACCGUUGAAUCAUUCCUCAUAUUUGAGGAUACAAAUCCUACGAAAAAUCUUUUGGGAUGUCAAUGACAAGCUGUCAUGCCUUAAUGGCACCUCUUUGAUGGAUUUGAAAGCCUUUAUUCCUCAUCUUCUUUCUCAGGUAAUGGAAUAUUGCUGAUGCCUUAUUAUAUUGAUAUGCUAAGUAUACCUUCCUGAAAUGUUCAAUUUCUCUAUAUCAUAGGAAUCCUUCAGCUUCUGUUUUUCUUUUUUCAAGUUUAUUUUUAAGUAUUUCAUAAAGAUUGUAAUUACGGCUUAUUUCAUUUAACUUGCAUUAUUAUUCUCAUCGAAUAAUGAAAUACGGCGUUUUUCAUGCCUUCCAAACUAUCAGCUUUACAUCGAGGGCCUUUGUCAUGGCAAUCUAUCAAAAGAGGAAGCAAUCAAUAUCACAAAUAUCUUUGGCAGUACUUUUCACGUUCAACCGUUGCCAGUUGAGCAGAGGCAUCAAGAGCAUAUUCUAUGUCUACCCACUGGAUCCAGCUUUAUUAGAAGAGUGCCUGUGAAGAACGAGUUGGAAGUGAACUCUGUGGUCGAGGUAAUCAUAAUAAGCCCCUUCGCCAUGCCCCCUCCUCUCCCCCACACACGCACAAAAAAAAUGAUAAAAAAGGGAAAAAUAGCAAGAAAAACAGUGCAUCUUUCCUGAGCAUGUGAAGAUCUUAUCCAUUCAUAAUGCGGGCCAUUAAAAUUAUGUUAAAUAUUGACGGAUAUUUCUCAAGAUUCUUUUCUGGGAACUGCAUCAGUAGUCUAUUGUGAAGGGAUUUUACUUAUGUUCGACUUUUUAAUUGAGUCGGAUACUAGAAACGAUUCAGUGAUCUCUAUGUCAGCUUUACAUGUACGGUAACUGUGUAGAUUGUCAACUCUACAUGUACUGAAAAUGAUUUAACGGUUUCGAUCGCCCAUCUUUAUAAAAGAGAGGCCAGACCCAUAUGAAAAACCUACCGGAAUAUCCUCUGAGAUGACAGGUCAUGUAAUUAUAUCUAGCAUUGCCAGAUUAUUUACAGUUGCUCAAUGUAGGCGUGCCACAAUUAAUCAUGUGACAUAAGUAUUCUCCCAUUCACAAUCACCGAGUGACGUAUCGCCUGGUUUCCAAGUACGUCUCAAUUGUUUGAUUUGGUUUUCCUAUUGCAGCUAUAUUUUCAAACUGAGCAGGAUGAAGGGAUGCAAUCCACCAGGUUGAGAGCGAUUGCAGAUCUAUUUUGCAACAUCGCUGAAGAACCGUGCUUUAAUCAGCUCAGGUCAUAAUAUAGCCUUGCUGUGUUCUGCCCUCAUUCUGUUCUGUGAGACCUGCAUUUUUUUGAAAUUUUCUGUGCUGCUUUUUGAUCUUUUGUGAUGUUUUAUUAUUUACCAUAAACUAUAUAGAACAAAGGAGCAGCUCGGCUAUUCAGUUGACUGUGGCACUCGAAUGACCUAUCGUGUUCAAGGAUUUUGCUUCAGAGUUCAGUCUUCCAAGUACACCCCAUCUUACCUGCAUCGAAGGAUCACAAACUUCAUAGACAGCCUUCAUGAAAUUCUGGUGAGCGAUGUUCUUGACGAUGCUGGAAUACAUGUUGCCUCUUUUUCUUAUUCACAUCACUUUUCAUGGGAUUCUGCUUGAAAACUAUGAAACUUACUACUUAGUGUGGUAAAAUGUAUGGUAAUCAAUGAAAACAUGUUGUGAUGUGAAGCACUACCCAGAGGCCGUAUCAUGGUCCCACUUGGUCUCAUUCACCAUUCAGAACGAUCAUGCAGUCAUUUCUUCAGUGUGCGCAUUGAUCAUCUCAGUAUCCAGUCGCAGGAUCCCUCACAUCUUCUUCAUCUUCCAUGUACUCUCCUUGCUCGUCGUGCCAUGCAUACUUAUCCUCUGUUUUCGCAGAACAAUCUCGACGAUGAGUCGUUUGACCACCAUAGACAAAGCUUGAUCGCGCAGAAGCUGGAGAAGGACCCAUCUCUCGCUUAUGAAACCGGUCGUUACUGGAGUCAAAUUGUGGACAAGCGGUACAUAUAUUGACCAGUUCUUGAUGUCUCCCACGUUGGGUUGACUUUCUGAUCCAUCGGGGCGCCUCUGUCUGUGCCGCCCCAGGUAUUCAUUCGAUGCGUCAAAGCUGGAGGCCGAGGAGCUCAAAACUGUUCAGAAGAGGGAUGUCAUGGAUUGGUACAGCACUUAUCUGAGGCCGUCGUCUCCCAAGUGCCGGCAGCUGGCCGUCCAUGUCUGCGGCUGCAACGCCUCCAUGGCAGAGGAAGCGAAGCUGGACCCCGAGUUCGGGAAGCUCCUCCAGGACGUGGAUUCCUUCAAGACGUCCUCUCUCUUCUACCCCAGCCUCUGCUGA